ACAGCGAAGCGCUUCCUGAGUUCGGGGGUCGAGGGAAGAUGGCGACCACCAAAGGGGGUUGGUGCUUGUGCGAGUUACUGAGGUUUUUUUAUUCAUUAUUCCUCCCUGGCCUGACCAUAUGUGGAAUUUUAUGCAUAUGUUUGUUCAUUUUCCUCUGGGGAAUCAGACUGCUGGUACGGAGAAAGAAAGAGUCCGUAGCAACUAGCAAAAAUGGGAAAAAUCAACUAGUGAUUGCAUUUUUUCAUCCAUACUGCAAUGCUGGCGGAGGAGGGGAGAGAGUUCUGUGGUGUGCCUUGAGGGCUCUUCAGAAAAAGUAUCCUGAAGCAGUUUAUGUUGUGUAUACCGGUGAUGUGAAUGUCAGUGGUCAACAGAUACUAGAAGGUGCUUUCCAAAGAUUUAACAUCAGGCUCACUCACCCAGUGAAGUUUGUUUUCCUAAGAAAACGCUACCUCGUGGAAGAUUCGCUCUAUCCUCACUUCACACUGCUGGGCCAAAGUCUCGGAUCCAUUUUUCUUGGCUGGGAAGCUCUGAUGCAGUGUGUUCCUGACAUUUACAUCGAUUCAAUGGGCUAUGCGUUCACACUGCCUCUGUUUAAGUAUUUAGGCGGUUGCCGCGUUGGCUGCUACGUUCAUUAUCCCACAAUCAGCACUGAUAUGCUCUCUGUAGUGAAGAACCAAAAUGUCGUAUUUAAUAAUGCAGCCUUCAUUACCAGGAAUCCUUUUCUCAGCAAAGUAAAGCUCAUCUAUUACUAUUUAUUUGCUUUUAUUUAUGGACUUGUGGGUUCUUGCAGCGAUGUAGUGAUGGUCAAUUCUUCUUGGACACUAAACCACAUUCUCUCGCUGUGGAAAGUCGGGAAUUGCACUAAUACCGUUUACCCACCUUGUGAUGUACAGACCUUUCUGGACAUCCCCUUACAUGAGAAGAAGACAACUCCAGGACAUUUACUGGUUUCCAUUGGCCAGUUCCGGCCUGAAAAGAAUCAUUCUUUGCAGAUCAAAGCCUUUGCUAAAUUGCUGAGUCAGAAGGUGGCUGGGCCACUUCCUUCCCUUAAACUUGUCCUCAUUGGAGGUUGUCGUAACCAAGAUGAUGAGCUCAGGGUAAGCCAACUGAGAAAGCUUUCUGAGGAUCUAGGAGUUCAAGAAGAUGUGGAAUUUAAAAUAAACAUUCCAUUUGAUGAGUUAAAGACUUACUUGUCUGAAGCAACAAUUGGUCUGCAUACCAUGUGGAACGAGCAUUUUGGGAUUGGAGUUGUCGAGUGCAUGGCAGCCGGCACGAUUGUCCUCGCACACAACUCAGGGGGCCCCAAGCUUGACAUCGUCGUUCCUCACGGAGGAGAGGUCACCGGAUUUCUGGCUGACAGUGAAGAAGGCUAUGCGGAGACCAUGGCUGAUAUUCUUUCCAUGUCUGAGGAAAAGAGACUCCAAGUCCGAAGGAACGCUCGGGCGUCCGUAAGCAGAUUCUCUGAUCAGGAGUUUGAACUGGCGUUCCUGUCGUCUGUGGAGAGCUUAUUCAAAUAAUGUCGUAUCUGUACAGAUUAAAGAUAUUUUAUAGAAAAUGGC